UGCAGGAGUGAUGUAACGCUCAGAGGAAGGUCAGGUGUUCUCUCCGGUGAAGCUCAGCACCACACGUUUCAAACCAACCGGGGUUUUUGGACCGAAUAUCAGUUCAUUCACCACAAAGACGAAGCUGGGCGUUUCUACACACUGUGCUGCUGAACUUUUUAUGACCGCCGGUAACGUCCGUGACUUUGGCUCGGUAGGGGAAGCAACGUGCAGUAACGGCACAUGACGGAGAUUUGAGGCGUUUCUGUUGUUUGUUGUUGUUGUUUUUAACCCGCCAGUGAGUAACGGUUCGGUUACCCUCCGUCCUCCCCGAUGUCUGGGUCCAAAUGCACACGGCUGAACGGAGCGCUGGUGAAACAACUGCUGGACUCCGUGGACAGCGUCCUGUUUGACUGCGAUGGGGUCAUCUGGCGGGGGGACCAGGCCAUCCCCGGCGCCCCCCAAGUCAUAAACCUGCUUAAAGAAAACGGGAAGAAGGUCUUCUUCGUUACCAACAACAGCAGCAAGACGAGGAAGAUGUACGCCGACAAGAUGUCCAUGCUGGGCUUCAACGUGAAAGAAGAAGAGGUGUUUGGGACAGCGUACUGCUCCGCCAUGUACCUGAAGACGGUCUGCAAGCUGGAGGGUAAGGUGUACCUGAUAGGCAGCAACGCCAUGAAGCAGGAGCUGGAGGCGGUGGGGAUCCAGCAGACCGGGGUGGGGCCAGACCACAUCUCCGGGAAGCAGUCGGACUGGGCCAACGUGCCUCUGGACCCCGAGGUGAAGGCGGUGGUGGUCGGUUUUGAUGAACAUUUCAGUUACAUGAAGCUGAACAGAGCCUUGCAGUACCUGACCCAGCAGGACUGUAUGUUUGUGGGAACCAACAGGGACACCAGGUUGCCCCUGGAGGGGGGCAAGGCUGUCCCAGGUACAGGCUGUUUGCUGCAGGCUGUCGAGACAGCGGCCCAGCGUCAGGCCCAGACUGUGGGCAAACCCAACCACUUCAUGUUCGACUGCGUUGCCUCUCAGUUCGGCGUGGACCGCGACCGCUGCCUGAUGGUGGGCGACCGCCUCGACACGGACAUCCUUCUGGGCACCAACUGUGGUCUGAAGACCCUCCUCACCCUCACGGGGGUCAGCACUGUGGCGGAUGCUGAGGAUAAUCAGAAGAGUGGUUGCGCGGAGAGGCAGGGCAUGGUGCCAGAUUACUACGUGGAGAGCAUCGCAGACCUCCUUCCAGCCCUGCAGGGAUGAGACUGCUUUAAGUCUGUCAAGACUGAAGAGUAGCUAUGAGACAACCUAGCUGCUGUAAACCUGAGGAAUUUGGGUAGCCUGUCAUAUGCCAGGGUCCACUGUCUUAUACAAGGGAAUAUUUUUUCACUAAGCUUCAAAUCAUCUCUAUAACAAAGUCACAACUGUUGUGUGACAGAGGAGACAAAGACUCAAGAGACACUAUCCAGAUUUUAUCAGCACUUUUGUCUUUAACUAAACUAUUAUUAAAAACUGCUAAUUUAAAGUGAUAUAAAUAAUUGGUUAAUAACAUUAGAGCAAUGAGUAUUAUUUCAAUGUAUUUUAAGUGUUAAAGAGAGUUGCAAAAGGAAAGGAGUGUCAGUUCCUUUUUUUGUUUUGAGUAAGAAGAGGGGUGAGUGUACUUUAAAGGCCCUUAUCCUGUUUGUAAUGCAAUCUCCCCUUAAGCAAGAAGUCAAACUGGAGAGGGGAAAUGAGCACACACAAAGUGUCAACACUUUGGUGAUAUCUGUGUGUUCAGGUUCAUAGAUUGCUGGCAGAGAAUGGGGCUGAACUGGUAUGACUUGAGUUUUUCUUUGUGGUGCUUUGUUUAUUGUAACACCAAAAACAAAAUGUGCUCAUAUCUGCACUCUGAUUCAUGGGAAGGUGCAAUGACAUCCAGUCCUGUCAUUUAUGUCUGUCAUGUCAAACAUAUAUUGAAAGACAGUGUUUUCAAUGUUAAAAUAGUCUUUAUUUUUUACCAUCCACUUGUCUGACUUUGUCUUCAAGAACAGUGUCCAUCCUGACCCCCAGAGUCAAUGAAAGCAGUGCUCAAGUCUGUAAUAAAACACAAACUGUCUUC